UCCGAUUCCAUCCAAAUCAAUCCAACUGUGUUAGGUUGAAAGUUGUUUGCGUUGGUGAGCCCUUGGUGUGACCGCUAUGUCUUACUUGGUCACGAAAACUGUUUCUCACAAGUUUCAAGUGUGCAGCCUCUAUAAGAGAGCCCUCCGAGCGCUAGAAGCAUGGGCCAUUGAGCGAGAUGAAUACAGGAUGGAAGCGGUGAGAAUGCGCCAGCGGUUCGAGACGUACCGUCAUAUCAAAGACCUGAGAAUAGCCAAGGAGAUUCUCGAGAAAGGAGAAGAGGAACUGUUUCAGAGUGAACACCCUUAUCCGAUGCACUAUGCGUUAUCCCCGCAUGGUGUUGCUUACGGACGAGAGCAGCCUUCACCAGAUUGGGUUCUUGACUACUGGCACCCCCUUGAAAAGGCCCAGUAUCCAGAAUACUUUGCGAAGAGAGAGCUGAGGAAGAAAGAGUAUGUUGAAAAUUGGGAGAAGCAGUACGGGAAGCCAGGGCCGGAUGCUGCCCACCAUUGAGUAGUCAUUCGAGACGUAUAGUGCAGACUGAGUAAAAAAGUGUGUGGUCAGUAAGCCAA